AUGGCUCAAAUGUAUCCGGCCGCUGCUUUAAGUUAUGUCGAGAAGACUCGUCAAGAGGCACACACUCUGUCUAAGACCAUCACUAAGUUUACUGGUUCCGAGAAUAUAAUGGCAACGAAGCGUGAGAUUGAGGAGGUCUGUGAUGAUCAUGGCUGGAGAGGAGUCGGGUGGUAUUAUUUAACUCGAUAUUCGUUGGAUCGGCCUAUCUGGAAUACCACAAUCGAUCUGAUGAAGGAGAAGGAUAUCCAGUUUGAUCGUGGCAGUGAAGAAGGUUAUGCAAAGUAUACUUCAUCUAUUCGGGAGACUCUCUGCCAAGUUUACUGUCAUGCUGUUCUUCGUAAAAAGCUAAAGGCUAAGUGGAACGAGUUGCAUCGUCGUACUAAUGAGACAUGUCGGCAAUUUCUUCUACGAGUUCAACAAUUACGUCGUGAGUUAUCGGGUGCUGAUAUCUCCAUAACUGAUGAAGAUGAGCUUUUUGCAUGGUCUCGUGGCCUAGGUAGUGAUGAUCGGUAUGGUGGUUGGAUUGCUGGUGGAGCAAUCAUUUGGCUACAAUCGGUCUAUCCAUCAUCUUCGGGCACAGAUUGCACUGCGAGCUGA